GCCGCAGCCGGAAGCUGUGAUCAGCUGAUGGAGGAGGAGCAGCGCGAGAGCUGAGCCAUCUUCCCCGGCCCCGGCUCUCUCUCACUCUGACAAUCUGCUGGAGCGUGGAAGACUGGGACGUAGGGGAAUCACCUGGCGUUCGGUGUCAUCUGGAGGCGGAGACGGUUCCUGGACGCGAGGACAGCCGGUGUCAGGCAGGCCGGUUCGUGGUUCGGGGACUGUUCACCUCCCGGGGGCUGCCGUCGGGGAUCGUCGGUCAAGGGACUGAUACAAAGAACGGAAUUCACUGAGCCGGACAGCGGGAUUACUGGCAUACUGUGGAUUAUUAGACAAGGCCCUGGUUGGUUCGGAUUUCUGCCAUGAAGACAUUUGCCGAGCGGAUCGCGUCGAGCUUCUUCAUGUAAACAAACACUGACGCUAGCUGAGCUUAGCCGACGGCUCGUUAGCUCCGUUGCUAUGUCACAUAGAUGACAUUAGGUCGGAGACGUCUACAAAAGUCUGCUGUCAGUUUGGUAAGACGAGGUGCUUUGUUGUUCCCCAAAACAGUCCGACCUUUUAGGUGUGAAGGUCUGAACGGACUGACAGCCAGGUGUCUGUCCAAUUACCAUAAUUAGCCGUCCAGCUAACGCAGCUAGCUGCUAGCUGCAUAUGUUAACGAAUGAGAGUCCAGUAAGGCACGAGCCACUCUGUUUUUGUUCGGUGUCAUCGCCCGAGCGAUAAGACUUGCGUUAGGCGAGCGAGUGGAGGCUUGACAAACGGAAGCUCCUGCUGAAAUCUAACUCAUCUUUCUGAAGCGCAGUGGUGGAAGGGUUCGCUGGAGCACCGGUGGAGAGACAUGGAGUAGCGCUGUCUGGGAGCACAAGUUGGAUACAUUCGGACAUAAAGCGGCUUUCACGAGUGUCGGGAGUGUUAUGUAGCAGCGUUGAGGCCCAGCCAGUCCCAGCUGUGUUUGGGUUGAGUCUUCUCCCCUCCCCCAGUCUUACUCUCCGCCGAGUUCGGAACUCGGCAUUUGCACACCGAACGGAAGCCGGGACACUCGUACUCUUGACGUGGAUGUCAUGGAACUGAUGUUCGCCGAGUGGGAGGACGGGGAGCGAUUCUCUUUCGAAGACUCGGACCGGUUCGAGGAAGACUCUCUGUGCUCCUUCAUCUCCGAGGCCGAGAGUCUGUGCCAGAACUGGAGAGGAUGGAGGAAGCAGUCCGCUGGACCCAACUCCCCGACUGCCAAGAUCAAAGACGGCCUGGUCAUUCCUCUGGUGGAGCUGUCGGCUAAGCAAGUGGCGUUCCACAUUCCCUUCGAGGUGGUGGAGAAGGUCUACCCUCCAGUUCCAGAGCAGCUGCAACUGCGCAUCGCAUACUGGAGCUUCCCUGAAAAUGAGGAAGACAUCAGGUUGUAUUCCUGCCUUGCCAAUGGGAGUCCGGAUGAGUUCCAACGUGGUGAGCAGUUGUACCGGAUCAGGGCAGUCAAGGAUCCUCUGCAGAUAGGCUUCCAUCUGAGCGCCACCGUGGUGUCCAGCCAGUCUGGUCAGAACAAAGGCGCCUAUAACGUGGCGGUGAUGUUUGAUCGCUGUCGCAUCACUUCCUGCAGCUGCACAUGUGGAGCCGGGGCCAAGUGGUGUGCCCACGUGGUUGCGCUCUGUCUCUUCAGGAUCCACAACGCCUCGGCAGUUUGUCUCCGAGCUCCAGUGUCUGAAUCUCUGUCGCGGCUGCAGAGGGACCAGCUCCAAAAGUUCGCCCAGUACCUCAUCAGUGAGCUGCCCCAGCAGAUUCUGCCCACGGCCCAGCGACUCUUGGACGAACUGCUGUCGUCUCAGUCCACCGCCAUUAACACUGUGUGUGGAGCUCCAGACCCCACUGCAGGUCCUUCAGCCUCUGACCAGAGCACCUGGUACUUGGAUGAGUCCACCCUGAGCGACAACAUCAAAAAGACUCUGCACAAGUUCUGUGGACCCUCACCUGUAGUGUUCAGCGAUGUGAACUCCAUGUACCUGUCAUCUACUGAGCCGCCGGCCGCUGCUGAGUGGGCAUGUCUGCUGAGACCUCUGCGGGGGCGAGAACCAGAAGGGAUCUGGAACCUUCUGUCCAUUGUCAGAGAGAUGUUUAAGAGAAGAGACAGCAACGCUGCUCCCCUGCUGGAGAUCCUCACUGCGCAGUGUCUCACCUAUGAACAGAUCAUCAGUUGGUGGUACAGCGUGAGGACAUCUGCCUCCCACAGCAGCGCCAGCGGUCACACUGGCCGCAGCAAUGGACAGUCUGAGGUGGCAGCUCACGCGUGCGCCAGCAUGUGUGACGAGAUGGUGGUGCUCUGGAGGCUGGCGGUGCUGGACCCCACCAUGAGUCCUGGCAGGCGUCUGGAGCUGGCGGCACUGCUGAAGCAGUGGCACCUGAAAGUCAUCGAGAUCGUGAAGCGCGGGCAGCACCGCAAGUCGCUGGAUAAACUGUUCCAGGGUUUCAAACCUGCUGUGGAGUCCUGCUACUUUAAUUGGGAGGUGGCCUACCCCCUGGAGGGAAUUACCUACUGCAGUGCUGAUCGGAAGAGCGCCACCUUUUGCUGGUCCAGGGCAGUGCUGCACCAGAGAGGAAUGAAGGUGGCAGCUGGAGCAGCGGAAGGUCUUGAGUCUGGAGGAGUGGGCCGAGUCGAAGGUGCUGCCGAUUAUAAAGGGAGAGUGUGCGGCCACUCACCACUGCAGGAGGUGGCGGUGAGGCCUAAAGAGACCGUACUGACCAAGAGGAAAGGAUUGUCUGUGAGUGGGGGAGGUGGUAUGCUGGUGCGCCUGGGAGGAAGUGUUUCUCUCGCUCUAGAAGAUGGAGGAGGCAAGUGCAUGUACAAGGGACCUGGUUCCUCCUCUGGAGGCAAACUAAAACUGACUCAGGGAGGUGGGAAGGGGGCGUCUGGAGGAGGGGGGCUCAGUGGUAGUAAACAUGCCAGUGCUAAACGCAGAACUAGCAGCGAGGACAGCUCUUUGGAGCCGGACAUGGCUGAGCUCAGCCUGGAUGAUGGGUGCAGUUUGGCUCUGGGGGCUGAGGCCAGCAACACCUUUGACUUUCCACCACCUCCGGAGCUACUGCCUGCUCCAAGCCCACUCCUCAGAGACUCGCGCAAGUAUGCCAGCGGUAGCAAAGCCUUCGACAUGAAGCGUGUCGGCCACGUUGCAGCCCCACAUCCAGCCACAGACCCUGCUCCCGCCUGCCCUCCUCCUAAAGAGACAGUGGUGGUGGUGAUGGAAGGGACCAGCAACUCAGAGAAGGAGAGCGGUCAGGAGGGGGAGGCGGAGCCAAGCAGAGAUGACGACGUGGACUCAGUCGGUAGUACGCAGCCAUCUGCCUCCACUGUGCCGUCAAGGUCUGGGAAUCAGACCUUGAACAAGACGGCACGUGGUCGCCGGGAGGCAGCAGGUGCAGCAGCAGUGGCAGGACCAUCAGCAGCAGCACCAGGAGCUGGUGCACAAGUGGCGGCAGGCCCUGAUUUUGCAGCAGCAGGCGAGGACGACUAUCAGGCCUACUACUUGGGUGCUGCUUCAGAGGAGGGAGCCGACCGUCAGGUGCUGGACAACCACCAGGAGGAGGAGCCUGACAUCUUUGCAGGAAUCAAACCUUUGGAGCAGGAGGGACGCAUGGAGGUGCUGUUUGCAUGUGCCGAGGCCCUUCACGCUCACGGCUACAGUAACGAAGCGUGUCGGCUGGCUGUGGAGUUGGCCCAGGACCUUCUGGCCAACCCUCCGGACCUCAAAGUGGAGCAGCCUCAGACCAAGGGAAAGAAGAGCAAAGUGUCCACCAGCCGUCAGACACAGGUGGCCACCAACACGCUGUCCAAAGCUGCCUUCCUCCUCACUGUCCUCACAGAGAGACUGGAGCUGCACAAUUUGGCCUUCAGCACCGGCAUGUUCUCACUGGAGCUGCAGAGACCACCUGCCUCCACCAAAGCCCUGGAGGUGAAGCUGGCCUAUCAGGAGUCAGAAGUGGUGUCUCUGCUGAAGAAGAUUCCCUUGGGUCUGGUGGAGAUGACUGCCAUCAGAGAGCGCGGCGAGCAGCUCAGGGAUGGAAACUUCUGUGACUACAGACCCGUGCUGCCACUCAUGCUGGCCAGCUUCAUUUUCGACGUGCUGUGUACACCAGUUUGUGCAGUCGUGUCGCCCACAGGCUCCCGCCCACCGAGCCGCAACCGCAACAACGAGAUGCCUGGCGACGAAGAGUUGGGCUUCGAAGCUGCUGUUGCCGCACUCGGCAUGAAGACGACCGUGAGUGAGGCUGAGCAUCCACUGCUGUGCGAGGGCACCAGGAGGGUGAAGGGUGACCUGGCGCUGGCCCUCAUGAUCACCUACAAAGAUGACCAGAGCAAGCUCAAGAAGAUUCUGGAUAAACUGUUGGACAGGGAGAGUCAGACCCACAAGCCUCAGACUCUCAGCUCCUUCUACUCCAGUAAACCGGCUGCAGGCAGCCAGCGCAGCCCAUCCAAGCACAUGGCAGCAGGGGGUGGCAGCAGCAGUGUCUCCAAACACCCCCCCUCCUCCACAUCAGCUGUGGCCACCUCAGCUGUGGCGCUCAGCAGUGAUGAUGUGACCCCCCAGGCUGAGGUGACGCCAGUGCAGAACCAGGAGAACAGAGAAGCGGGCUCAGAGGCAGCGCCUUCUACAAACGAGCAACAAAGUGAGUCAGCUCCAUUCAAGCUGGAAGCAACUGUGCCCAGUCGACUGGCUCUGGGGGCACGGUGCGGAUACAACCAGCGCUGGGGGUCGCCGGUCCGUCAGAAGAAGAAGCACACAGGUAUGGCCAGUAUUGACAGCAGCGCCCCCGAGACCACCUCGGACAGUUCCCCCACCCUGAGCAGAAGACCCAUCCGGGGCGGGUGGGGAGCCGCCUCCUGGGGCAGGGGCCAAGACAGUGACAGCAUCAGCAGCUCUUCCUCAGAUUCCCUGGGGUCGUCGUCUUCCAGCGGCUCCCGGCGAGCCGGGGGCGGGGCAAGGGCCAAGAACACCGACACCAGCAGGUAUAAAGGCCGUCGCCCAGAGUGCCACGCGCCCCAUGUGCCCAACCAGCCGUCAGAGGCUGCCGCUCACUUCUACUUUGAGCUGGCCAAGACGGUUCUGAUAAAAGCAGGCGGGAACUCGUCCACCUCCAUCUUUACGCAGCAGUCGGCCAGCGGGGGCCACCAGGGUCCUCACAGGAACCUUCACCUCUGCGCCUUUGAGAUCGGCCUGUACGCGCUUGGCCUCCACAACUUCGUUUCACCCAACUGGUUGUCCCGGACCUAUUCCUCGCAUGUGUCCUGGAUCACCGGCCAGGCCAUGGAGAUUGGGAGUGCCGCGCUCAACAUCCUGGUGGAGUGUUGGGACGGUCACCUCACCCCUCCAGAGGUUGCCUCUCUGGCUGAUCGAGCAUCAAGGGCACGCGACCCCAACAUGGUCCGUGCUGCGGCCGAGUUGGCUCUGAGCUGUCUUCCUCACGCUCACGCGCUCAACCCCAACGAGAUCCAGAGAGCACUGGUGCAGUGCAAAGAGCAGGACAACGCAAUGCUGGAGAAGGCCUGCAUGGCAGUUGAAGAGGCGGCGAAGGGAGGCGGAGUCUACCCCGAAGUGCUGUUUGAGGUGGCCCACCAGUGGUACUGGCUGUACGAGCAGUCGGUGGGGGGAGGCUCAAAUCAGCAGAGGGAAACCUCAGGCCGCUGCGGGGCGAACGGGGGCUCAGGCCGGAGGCCCCCUGAGUCCAGCUGUGGCAUCCUGGACAACGUGGGUGUCCUGGAGUCUCAGGGGGUCGCCACGGUCACGGCCUCUGUGACGGCUGCUGCCGUGGUCCCGGUCAUCUCCGUGGGCUCCACCCUCUACCAGUCUCACCCGCUGCCUGGACAGGCGAUCGCCCACACGCAGGGGCUGCAUCCCUACACCACCAUCCAGCCCCACCUGCCUACCGUCUGCACCCCUCAGUACCUAGGACACCCUCUGCAGCAUGUCCCUCGACCUGCUGUCUUCCCAGUGUCUGGUGCUGCCUACCCACAGGGGAUGCCACCGGCCUUCAUCGGGGCUCAGUACCCGUUCUCAGUGGCCACCGGCUCUCAGCCUCCGCUCGCCGCCACCGCCGUCACCUUCCCCGGUGUCCCGGUUCCGUCCAUGACCCAGAUCGCUGUCCACCCCUACCAUACUGAGACAGGCCUGCCCCUCAGCACCACCGUGGCAGUCGGCAGUGUCCACACGGGUCCCACCAUCCAGGCUAUCCAAGGGGCCACGCUCUCCUCCCAGCCAGGCUCUCUAGUGAGCACCGCUUUCCCAUCAGAGGAUGACCAGCACAACCAGCCCAUCAGCCAGCAGGGUCUUCACUACCUGCACUCUGCACACCGUGUCGGCAUGCUGGCUCUGGAAAUGCUGGGCAGGAGAGCUCACAACGAUCACCCUAACAACUUCUCCCGCUGCCCCCCUUACAUGGAGGAUGUGAAAUGGCUGCUGGGUCUCGCCGCCAGACUCGGGGUCAACUAUGUGUACCAGUACUGUGUGGGGGCAGCUAAAGGCGUCCUCAGCCCGUUCGUGCUGCAGGAGAUCAUCAUGGAGGCGCUGCACCGACUGAACCCCACUCACAUCCACGGACACCUCCGCACUCCAGCCUUCCACCAGCUGGUGCAGCGCUGCCAACAGGCCUACCUUCAGUACAUCCACUACCGUCUCAUCCACCUGAUUCCUGCCGAGUAUGAUGACUUUGUCAACGUCAUCCGAAACGCACGCAGCGCCUUCUGCCUGACGCCGGUCGGCAUUCUGCAAUUCAACGACGUGCUACAGAGCCUGAAGCGGGGGAAGCAGACGAAGGAGCUGUGGCAGCGCAUCUCCUUAGAGAUGGCCACCUUCUCGCCGUGAGGACCAGGGCGCCAUGACUCACCUCUCUCCCGUCCUGUCGGACGGAACGGCAAACCGCUGGACAAUCACUCUCAGCAGAGACUUCCUCCUCCUGUCAUGUUUAUGUGUUUGUACGUGAAGUGACCUCCUCGCUCGCUCCUGCAUUUUUUGUUUGAACGGAUUUCAUACUGCAACAUUCCUGUCCGGGGAGCUGGUGGCCCCGCUCACCUCCACCAUGGGCCCAGUCUUGGCAGUGCAGGAGUCUAAAUCACACUCAGUUUGAGCUUUUCAGUGUUUCGUUUUUUUAACAUUUGUAUUAAAUGUUUGUUUGCAGAACAACGCAGGAAACUAGCGAUGGUCAGAGGUGCUGUUUGUGUUGUUGUGUGGCGUCCAUAUUUACAUUUCCAAACACUGACGUAAGCCGGGUCAGAGGCUGAGCCGAGCUGCGGCAGAGAGAACUAUGUUAGUUGUGUGAGCCGAAGAGGACUUCAUGAGUUGUGUGAACAAUUUAACCUCAGGUAGCUUUUCUUAGUGAAGACAGACGACCCUGUGUGGUGGUAGAAGUACUGCACGAUGUUUUUAAUCUGGCUCACAGAGGACAUAUUUCCUAUUCGUGACGGUGGAACAAAUUGUUUGUAGUUUCAUAACAUUUUGAUUCCUGGAGUUUCAAACCUUUGCAAGCGUUUGAUGUUGUCCAGUUCAAGCCCUCGAUGUGUGAGCAGCACACUAGGGUGAUGUCGGAUGAGGAGGAAGCUCUGAGUUCAUAACUAGAGAAGGUGUCUAGGACGAGGAAGUCACACCUGUGACGGGUGAGAUCAGGUCCUGGCUCCUGAAUCGCACUUCUGCUCUUCACUCCGGCCUGCCGCGCUCGAUUACCACCCUCCAACACGUGUGUUGACGAUGAACCACGUAACUCGGCAGCGAUGCGCGUCAGUCGCUGCCCCGGCAAGCUCGGCUCAGACCGCAGUGCCGUGACUCGGAUGCGUCGACAGUCCAUCUGUCUGGCAGCUGCACGCUCCGAGUCCCUCCGGACGACGACAGUGACCUGGUAGAAAUAUACUGUGAUAUUUUUGUAUUCUCAAGAAGUGUAGUUCGUUUGAAAGUUCUUUAUGUCCUGAAAGUUCUUAUCAGAGGUUCAAAAGAUAAAAGCAAUACUGAAGUGUAGAGUUUACUUAAUAAAGACAACAAACUAAC